AUGUCACAAUACCUUCAAGAAAUCAAGACGUUAGUCGACAAUAUUGCUGCUGCCGGUUCAACCGUCGACACAGAGGAUAUCAUCCUCUACAUCUUGAAUGGCUUGCCAGCGGCAUAUCAAGCCUUCAAAACAUCCACCCGCACUAUGAUUCAACCAAUCUCUUUAGAUAAUCUUUACUCUCUGCUCCUCAGCGAUGAGAUCAAUGUUGCAAUGGAAUCAGCUCGCCAUACUACUUCAUCUGAUCCUAAUCUCGCGCUAUACACCUACAGAGGCCGCGGAAGAAGGGGCCGCGGACAAACUUCCUCAAGCAACAACUCGCAGCCUCGUUCUUCAUCCUCCAUAACAUGCCAAAUAUGCAAUAAACGUGGUCACGCAGCGGUAGCGUGCUGA